UAUAAACAAAUGUAGGAGGAAGCUAAUAUUUAGCUUUGCUUGGUAUUUAUCUCAGCAAGCAGAGUACUGCAUUUGGAUUCGUUCUGAGGUUUUGCAAACCUGCAGUCAUGUUUCUAGUUCUGUUUAGCUUAUGCUUAGUUGGAAUAACCCAUGUUGCUCUUGCGGAUAAAGUUUGCCCUAGGCCACCUGAAGUUCCUCUGGCUACCAUCAACAUAAAUAAAGAAGCAUACGUAACUGGAGAACACAUUGUAUAUCAGUGUAACCCAGGUUAUACUCCCCAGUCUGGCUCAAGGAGAUACAUAUGUCCUUCAUCUGGUAUAUGGCCUACUGUCAUAUUCAGAUGUAUACCCAAGAAAUGUCCCUAUCCUGGAACCUUGGACAACGGAGAAAUACACAUCACUAACCUCAACUACCUGAGUGUCAUAAACUUUUCCUGUAAUACUGGGUUUGUUCUUGAAGGGCCAACAAGCAGCCAGUGCCAGGUAGAAGGGAGCUGGAGUGAAAGCCUGCCCGAAUGUUAUCCUGUGAUUUGCCCUCCACCUCCAGUUUCUGAAUUUGGAGUUCUCUCUUACCAUAAAAUUGAGUCUGGAGAGACAUUUGUUUUCCAAGACACAAUCAGAUUUAGUUGUCUGUUACCUUUUGCAAUGUUUGGAAGUGAAACAGCUACCUGUCAGGCUGAUGGAAGCUGGACUCCAUUACCUGAAUGCAAAUCUGUAGAAUGUCCAUAUCCAGAACCAAUAGAACAUGGAUUCAUAAACUUUGCUCUUCAUAAUACUUUUCAUUAUCAAGAUACUGUGAGUUAUGGUUGUAAUCUACCUUAUAUUAUGGAUGGAGCUUCAGAAUCAAGGUGUGAGAAAACAGGAACUUGGUCAAAUAAACCAACUUGCAAAGCACCAUGUAACAUACCAGUGGAAAAAGCGACAGUGUUAUACAAUGGGCAGAAAAUAAAAGUGAAAAAACUUAAGAGUAUACAGCAUGCUGAGACAAUCUGGUUUUUCUGCCAAAGUAACACAGAGAACUGCAGUUAUAAAAUACCAGUUCAAUGCAUAGAUGGCCAACUUCCAAUCCCUGACUGUUAUGAAGAACAUAACUGGUUGGUAUCCUUGUUCAAAAAAGAUCCAGCAAACAUGUCUCCAUGUAGCAACUAACUGAAGAUAUCAUCUUCCUAUCCUCCAUGACGUAUCGAAAAGAAGUACUUAUAAAGGGAGAAUUCCUUCAAGAUCACAUAUUAUUUUUUCAAAUACAUUUACCAGCAUAUGUACAUUUAAUGCUCUUUU